GGGGGACACAAAAAGGCACCGCUGGCAAGCGGGCAAGGGCUAACAGGCAUCCAGUUAGACGUCCAUCCAAUAUGUUCACCCUCGGGCAGGACUCGAAGCUCCUGGGCGCCGGACACGUCGUCCUCAACAUCCUGCGCGCCUUCAACAUGAUCGGCCUGGCUGCCGUCAUGCUGGCCAGUCUGGCCAUGCCCGUUCUCUCGGGUAUUAACCACCACUUCUUCUUCUUCGACAUGAUGACUCACGUUUUCGUCUUCCUCUUCGCCGCGUUCCUCUUCGCCUCGGAGCUGCCGGUACCGUGGAAAGGGUUCAAGGGAUAUUACGAGAGGAACUGGCCGGUGCUGGGCCCUGACCACUCUCUCGCCUGGCUUGGUUGGGGCAUGGUGUUCAUCGGCUUCGAGAUCCUGGGCGAGGCCUGGAAGCCGGCGUACACAGUCGAGACACUCGGGCUGGACUGGUGGCGCGCUAUACUCGCCGCUUCCAUCCUGUCGGCCACUUUCGGUUUUUUCAACAUCUGCGCCUCCGUCAUCUUCCGCACCUCCUUUGAAGGACCGCGCGGGGAGAAGGUUAUCGUCACCUCGCGCCAGAUCCGCACCCACGGCAAGCUUGCCGUGCAGCACGCCGCCAACAAGAGCGACGACAUCGAGCACAGCUUCGCCUCGCACUAUUCCCCGCCUCACCGCGACAACUGGUCAGGCCGGAGCUGGUCCAAGGAGGAAGAGGCGGCGGAGCCGUCGUCGGCCGUCCGGCGCCUGACGCGCGUCCUCAAUCCUCUCAACUUCAACUUCCGCAAGUCGCGCAUCUCGCGCAUCCACAUCAGCAAGCCCAUCCUGCCGCAAGACCUAGUGGUGGACGACGACCUCGUCAAUCGUGGCCACUCCGGCCACGGCUCCUCCGGCCACGGAGCGGACGGCGGUGAUCGCGGCAGCCCCGUCGUCCCGGGCCUCCAGCGGCCGCCCACUGCCUUGCAUCCCGCCUACACGGGCGAGAGCCGGUAUAGCAAGUACAGCGCGGCGCAUAUGGAUCGGUUCUGAGGACCGCUCCAGUUGCUCGUCGUAGGCGACAGACAAAAAAAAAACAUGAAGGGAAAAAGAAGACACACAUCUUCCCCACCUCUUCCAGACUUUCAUUUCUUAGUUAGUAGCGGGGACAGUCGAAAUGCUGCUGCCUGCCCCCGAGGACACAUUCGCAUGGCACAUGACGAAAGACUCUGGAGGCGCAGCCGAUCGACAAAGGCGUCGCGGUGUUUGGGUUAAAUGACCUGUUACUUCAUCAUGUAUACCCGCUGAUCUUGAUUCGUUUAUUUUCAAUGCCUAGGAAAGAAGGGAGGAGCAAUGGAGCUUAAUACCCGGAAUUAAUCACGAGGACGCGGAGAAAUAGAGAUGCAUUACAAACCUGAGCUCUUAAGGUCGCUAUUCAGGGUCGCCGUCG